AUGGCAUCCCACCUCGAAAACCGCGAAAACCGCACCCCAACAACGACCGACAUACCCCUAGAAGACCUCGAGGCCUCUAAAACUAGCAGCUCUGAUCAGUCCUCGCGCUGGAACGGGUUUUCCCAGUUCCACCCCUCAAACAUACUAGCCAAUUCACAUGGUUCGACAAGGUCGCAAGAUAACUGGCUGGCCAGUGCGGAAGAAUUACUCUUCAGAUUAAACAUUGCUCUCACGCCCAGCUUCCUGCAGAAAUAUGUGGGUGUUGAGCCAGAACAGCCGGCCAAAUUGCACGCGAUCGCUGCGCUCGACGGGCUGCGAGGCUGGGCCUGUCUGCUAGUCUUCAACUUCCACUUUCUCUUCGCAUAUACAUGGAAAGUCGCGGUCGGAUGGGGAUUCGCAGGCGAGAACUGGGGAAUUCACCAAUUGCCCUUUUUUCAUCUUCUCAUUUCCGGGCAUAUCAUGGUCGCCAUCUUCUUUGUCAUCUCGGGCUACGUUCUUUCCUACAAACCUAUAAGGACUAUUCGGUCUCGAUCCUUCGACCAGACCUUCACCGUACUGGCGUCGUCAACUUUCAGGCGAGCAUUGCGUCUGUACAUCCCAUCUAUCGUUGGUCUCGCCUGUGUCUUUAUUGCUGUUCGACUUGGUGUUUACAAUUACUCCUGGGGGGUGAUCAAGGAAGGACGCACCAUUGUCGGCACGAAUGAGCAGCAUCCGCCAGUCUACAAAUCUCUAUACAAGCAGUCCUGGGACUGGUAUUACACGGUGGCACGCUUAAUGAACCCAUUUGAUUGGUCUCUCUACUACAAUAAUUACAACCCCCACCUCUGGACCAUCCCAGUCGAGUUCCGUUGCUCUCUCGUUCUCUUCCUCACAACCUUAGCGACCUCGCGCCUGGUUUCUCCCGUGCGCAUGACCCUCGUCGCGACUCUGACCUGGUUCUGUAUGCGCUACGGCCGAUGGGACGUUGUCUUGUUUCUGGUGGGCAUGCAAAUGGCCGAAAUCGAUCAGAUCAAUGGAACCUGGGAGCGGCCAGCUUCAUCAGUUACAGAUGACAACCUACACAUCCGCUUCCCACAUAGUGGUAAAAUAUUUGCCACUAUCUCUCGCCGGAGCUUGUGGAUCGGAGUUUUCGUGAUCGGCCUUUACAUCGGCUCGUGUCCUAACCUCGGAUUCAAAUGGACGCCAGGCUACAGAUGGCUCUGGGAAAUCACCCCAUGGACCUACGGGGAGCCUCACCGAUUCCCGCAGACAGUUGGUGCGGCCUUGAUCGUUUUCAGCAUCAACCACUCGCCCGAUAUCCAAAAGCUCUUCACCAAUCCUCUCUCCCAGUAUCUGGGCAAAAUAUCUUACGCGUUUUACAUUGUCCAUGGGCCCAUUCUCCACUCCCUGGGAUAUUCGCUUAUGCCAAACAUCUGGGAAGUUACAGGCAAAGAAACAAAUUUCCAAUAUUGUUUCGGUUUCUUAAUAGGUUGGCUGAUUUGUCUACCUGUUUCCAUCUGGGCGGGAGAUGUAUUUUGGCGCGUUGUUGAUGUUCCCAGCGUUAAGUUUGCGCGAUGGCUUGAGGACCGGCUCAUAGCCAAGGGUGCUUCUGCAUCUGCAACCCCUAGUCUAUUGACUCCAAGAGCGCAAACCCCUCGAACGCAAUAA